CGUGGCGGCGAAUCAGCAUGGAGGGGAGCCAGCCGGGAGCUCGGGGAUCCUCUCGGACCUUCUAGAUUCCCUCAAGCCCUAGCCUAAACCCACCCGGUGGCCUCUCACCCAACCGAUCCCACCCAUGGAGGAGGCGGAGAAGGCGGGUGGGCAGGCGGAGGCGGAGUAUGAGAGCGACCUCGACGGCGCGCCCCUCCCUGCGGCGAGGCGGCGCGCGGCGGCGCGCGACGAUGAGGAGGACGAGGACGAGGGCGGCGGUGGGAGCGGGUGGGGUUCGCCUGCGCCGUCGUCGACGGUGUGCGACUCCGAGUCCGACCCCGACGGGCAGGGCGCGCCCGAGUUGUACGACGACGACGGCGACGAGGGGGUUUUCGGCACCGAGGAGGAAUGCGGGUACACGUUCAAGGAGCGCGAGGCUGGAGGUGUUGGGUGCGGAGAUGUCGAUGUGGAGGUGGCUGUGGCGCCGGAGGACGAAGGAAAGUACGAGGCGGAGGAAUCGGCGGCGGUGGAAGGGGAGGAGGAGGAAUCACCGGUGGAAGGGGAAGCGGAGGAAGUGACGAUGGAAGGAGAGGAGGAAGUGAAGAAGGGGAGUGAGCCAUACGACGUGCCGACGGCAGGCGCUUUCUACGAGCACGACACUCGCUUCCAGGGCCAGGAAGACGGCGGCCGCGGCCACCAAAGGCAAGUUUUGGGUGGUCAAAAGAUAUGGAAUCCUAAAGUGGAAGCUGUGUGGGUGCAUGAUCGGUUUAAUGAGAUAAAUUCCCAUGCUAAUACCAAGAAUGAGUAUCAUGUCCAUGUGCGUAUGAUGCAGAGUGUUGACAAUGGUAAUUUUGAAGGAACCAAAUCCUACAAUCAUUCCAAGAGCUUUGACUGUGUUCAGACACAAUCUCAUUCAUAUUAUGGCAAUGUUAAAGGCUAUAAUGAUGAGCGAAAUGUGUACAGAGAGAAAGGCUCUAGAAACUACCAAUCUCAUCGGAUGACUUCAGGAAUCUCUUCAGCACAAGACAAUAGAAAAUCAUAUUCCAGAUCACAGAAUGCAGAGGUUUCAUCUAAUGCGGGUGUGGGAAAGCAUUCCUCUCAAACUCUAAGUUUGCAGCAUGAACAAACCCUUCACUGCAAGCAAACCUUUAGAUCAGACAUAAGUUCAGCUCCACCUACCUUUUACUCUUCUAGAGCAUCCCAUCAAGGACUCCCUUUUAUUCCAAGAGAGAAAGUACGGCGUGUAACAUUCAACAAACUGUUCUCAUCAGCUGUUCACAAGGCACAUAAUUCUUUGACACCACAAUCCCAUCCCGUUUUCAGAAGGAAGGCCUUUGUUCCAUCUGUAUCUGUUGAGCAUGGAACUGCUGUUGAUUCUAACCACAUAGUUCCUAUUGAUGUCAUGGCGUGCUCUGCUCUGCAUCCCAUGUCAACAUCACAUAACUAUAGCAAAGAUUCAGAAUUCUGGGAUCAAGGUAGAGAUUUAGACAUUGCUGAGACUACCAUACCUUGUACUGAGCCCCAGAUUGCAGUUUAUCAGCAAAGGUCAGUUCAACGACCAAUCCUACCCACGCCAAGGGCAUCUUCUCAGAUAUUUGUACAUAAAGAUACCAGUAACAACAAAAUUCGAUCUCAUCCACAAACAAGAUUGAUAAGUUCAUCUGAUGAUGGCAAGGUCACUACACCCCCUGAAACAAACAGUUCUGUAGUGCUAUCGGCAUUGACAGUGCAAGAUGAUAUGAAGGAAGCAGAGAGGACCUAUUUUCUUGAUGGAGGAAGCUUUGUUGUUGAUGAUACAGGAGCAAGAUGCUCUACCCUUGAUGAGCCAGGUUCCACUAGCACUCCAGCAAAAUUGCCAGUUAUGCUGUUCAGUGGCUUGCAUCCUAUGGGGCCUGGUUUUUCUUCGGUUAUGGUUCUGCCAGGAUUUGUGGGUCAACAUUGUGAUGGCGAUUCUGAAAUGGGACUAAUGACCUGUAGGUUGCCGAUAUCGACUGGUGCUACUGGGGUUCAGGAAGGAUCAAGCAGUCCACUUAAUUUUGGCAAGAAUUGUCCCCAACCUUCUGAACUUGCAUCUUCAUUAACAUCGCUAAGAGACCAUGCUGCAAGUAAUGAUCCUAUUUCAUUGACUUCCCAAGAAAUACCAGAGGCUGUAAGUCAUGAACCUGUUCAUCAUCAAAACAGAACUCGCAGAUACUCGGAGAUGAAAUUUGCCUUGUGAAAAGUUGACAGUUGAAGUGGAUUGACUGAACCAGCUUUGAGUCUAUAGAAUUUGCACGAUCUAUUGCCAUUUUGCCGGACAGAUCAGUUCUUUCUUAAGAUCAACUCCACCGGUUCCAUGUAGAACUACUGAUUUUUCUCUUUUUCUUCACCAGGUAGCAGGUUUAGCUAACUGCUAUGGCCAUCUGCAUCGGUUGCACAGUUCCAUGGGGUUGCUGUAUCCCGCUCGUAGGUCUCUCACCAUGAGAAUAACCGAUGCGGUGGUUAUUCACAGCAACUCUUGCUCAGCUCUGCCUCUGCUUUCGUCAUCUGCUGCGGCUCCCUGCCGAGUUGCCCAUCUUUUGACGAACACGUGCUAUGCACGCAUUUCAUUAAGAACUUGGUUUCAUGCUUCAGGUAGUUCGAAACUCGCAGUAGCUAGUUGGCCACGCAAGUUAGACUGCUUUUCAGUACGGUCCUUAGCAUGUUAGUGCUGGUCCUGUGGCUUGCCCCUUCUCUGUUCACUUAUGACUUGCCAGCUUCUGGAAAUGGGAAGUUGCUCAGGUGAGCCUGCUGUCAAAAUUCAUCCGACUUGCUUCCCCUGCAGAGAGAGUGAAAACCUGUCAUACUGCUCAGUUCCCUACUAUAUAUGAUUGGCUUGUAUGAAGAAACCGCUAUUGGAGU